CGAAACAUCCACGGCUCUCCCAUUGUAUACUUUAGAUACCCGACUAACCUCGACACAACACCCCUCGACCUCGUCGAUAAUGUCUGCGCCGGGAAAGUCACGAUGGGCAGACGACGACCCCGAAACUGAAGCCGCCAUUGCGCAACGCAAGCGCGAGAAAGAGGAGAAGAAACGCGCCAAGGCAGAGAAGCAGCGCAAGCUGGAAGAAGCCCAGGCGGCGCAACAGCAAGCCCGAGACGGAGAAGUCAAUGGUGAAGCUGGAGGACGACCGGCAAAGCGCCGCAGACUCUCAGACGACGCGGAGAAAGCUGCAGCGGAACAGACUAUCGAUACAACUACACAACAGAAACGCUCUACACUGCUCCGAUUCCCAGCUCCGGAAUGGGGGCCAUGCAGACAUGUCGACAAUUUCGAAAGACUGAAUCACAUCGAAGAGGGAUCAUACGGCUGGGUAUCUCGAGCUAAGGACAUCACGACAGGGGAGAUUGUCGCGUUGAAGAAGCUCAAAAUGGAGAAUUCGCCAGAUGGGUUCCCCGUCACCGGGCUGCGCGAGAUCCAAACCCUCCUUGGAGCUCGACACCAAAACAUCGUCAAUCUUCGUGAGAUCGUCAUGGGAAAUAGCAUGGAUAGUGUCUUCCUCGUCAUGGAUUUCCUCGAACACGAUCUAAAAACGCUACUCGAUGAUAUGCGCGAACCUUUCUUACCCUCGGAGAUCAAGACCCUCCUUCUACAAAUAAUGUCAGCUACGGAAUUCUUACACUCGCAUUGGAUCAUGCAUCGUGAUCUGAAGACAUCGAACCUACUCAUGAAUAAUCGCGGUGAGAUCAAGAUUGCGGAUUUCGGCAUGGCGAGGUAUUAUGGAGAUCCACCACCUAAGCUCACGCAACUGGUCGUGACGCUAUGGUACCGUUCCCCAGAGUUGCUUCUGGGGGCGGACAAGUAUGGACCGGAGAUCGAUAUGUGGAGUAUAGGCUGCAUAUUUGGAGAGCUUCUCACUACGGAGCCAUUGUUACAGGGGAAGAACGAAGUAGAGCAAUUGUCCAAGAUAUUCGCCUUAACUGGACCUCCAACGCAGCAAACAUGGCCUGGAUUCCGAUCCCUGCCAAACGCAAAGUCUCUCCGGUUACCACCCUCUUACUCAUCGUCGAAUACAUCGUCUACAAAGCCACCGCUCCUCCCGCGCUCUAAAUUUCCCUAUCUCACCAACUCCGGUCUCACCCUGCUUUCAUCGCUCUUGGCCUUAAAUCCCGCAUCUCGCCCAACCGCCCAAGAGUGCCUUCGGCAUCCUUACUUCCAUGAAGAUCCGCGACCCAAGCCCAAGGAGAUGUUUCCUACGUUUCCGUCUAAGGCGGGGAUGGAGAGGCGCCGGCGAAGAGAGACGCCAGAGGCGCCAAAGCAUGGGGCUGAGGCACCCAAGUUGGACUUUGCCAGUGUGUUUGGUGGGACGGGCGGAGGGGAUACUGGAGAGACCGGGGCAGGUUUCACGUUAAGGCUAGGAUGAUCUGUUGAGCGCGGAACCUUACUUUCCGAUUAUUAUACGAUUCAUCCGAAGGGGCAAAGGUUAUGGACUGAUCAGGGGGAGGGAAUGAAAGGUGCCUUAUGCAGGGCCGUGGUCCAACAUGUACCUGCUGUUCUCCCGUCUAUUGCGCAGGGGCGACGCCGGAUCGCGCAACAUCCCUCGAGAUAUACCUCAAGAACUGUAACCUAAUUUUUUGUCUCAAAAGAAGUGUUAUCUAGGUGAAACACCUCUUCC